AGCUUAUAUAAUUCCACUAUCUAUGACCAUCACAAAUAUCUUGAACCCAAUCAUUCACCAAAGCUCUCUGUAAACCUUUUGAUUUUCAUCAUCGUUGUGUUAGCUCAUAAGAGAGAGAUAUGGGAAGUACUCCGGCUGAAGUACCCUGCGAGGAUGUCGCCGAUAACAGAUCCGGCGUCGGAGGUGGUAUCUCCGACGUCUACGGCGAGGAUUUAGCCACCUUGGACCAGCUCGUCACUCCUUGGGUUACCUCCGUCGCUAGUGGAUACUCGUUGAUGCGUGACCCGAGAUACAACAAAGGACUUGCGUUCACUGAUAAAGAGAGAGAUGCUCAUUACUUAACUGGUCUUCUUCCCCCUGUUGUUAUUAGCCAGGAAGUUCAGGAGAGGAAGCUGAUGCACAAUCUCCGCCAAUACACUGUUCCUCUACAGCGUUACAUGGCCCUCAUGGAUCUUCAGGAAAGGAACGAGAGGUUGUUCUAUAAGCUUUUGAUUGACAACGUGGAGGAGCUGCUUCCAGUUGUGUACACACCAACAGUUGGUGAGGCUUGCCAGAAGUAUGGUAGUAUUUUCAGGAAGCCACAGGGUCUCUACAUCAGCUUGAAUGAGAAGGGCAAGAUUCUUGAAGUGUUGAAGAACUGGCCUCAGAGAGGGAUUCAAGUUAUUGUUGUCACUGAUGGUGAGCGCAUUCUCGGUCUCGGAGAUCUUGGUUGCCAGGGAAUGGGAAUUCCAGUGGGGAAGCUUUCUCUUUACACAGCUUUGGGAGGAAUCCGUCCAUCAGCUUGCCUUCCAAUCACUAUUGAUGUGGGUACAAACAACCAGAAGUUGCUGGAUGAUGAAUUCUACAUUGGCCUUAAACAGAGAAGGGCAACUGGGCAGGAGUAUGCAGACUUUCUGCAUGAGUUCAUGUGCGCUGUGAAGCAGAACUACGGAGAGAAAGUGUUGGUGCAGUUUGAAGAUUUUGCAAACCACAAUGCGUUUGACCUUCUGUCUAAGUACAUGGAUACUCAUCUUGUCUUCAAUGACGAUAUCCAGGGUACUGCAUCAGUGGUGCUUGCUGGGCUUAUUGCCGCUCAGAAAGUGCUUGGUAAAAGCCUUGCUGACCAUACCUUCUUGUUCUUGGGUGCCGGAGAGGCUGGUACUGGUAUUGCUGAGUUAAUUGCUCUUAAAAUUUCUAAAGAGACUGGAGCUCCCAUCGAGGAGACCAGGAAGAAGAUUUGGCUUGUGGACUCCAAGGGACUGAUCGUUAGCUCACGCAAAGAAUCACUUCAGCACUUCAAGCAGCCAUGGGCGCAUGAGUACGAACCUGUCAAGGACCUCAUUGGUGCUGUGAAUGCAAUCAAACCAACUGUUCUCAUUGGAACCUCUGGUGUGGGUCAGACUUUCACAAAGGAAGUAGUCGAGGCCAUGGCUACCAACAACGAGAAACCGUUGAUUCUUGCUCUCUCAAACCCUACUUCUCAAGCUGAGUGUACCGCAGAACAGGCUUACACAUGGACCGAGGGUCGUGCAAUCUUUGGUAGUGGAAGCCCGUUUGAUCCCGUUGAGUACAACGGCAAAACUUACUUGCCUGGCCAGGUCUGUGUUACUUCCUUAUUAUUUUCUCUGUCACUUAAUCUGAAUGCUCAUAUCAGAACCCUACAGGCAAACAACUGUUACAUUUUCCCGGGUCUGGGACUUGGUUUGAUCAUGUCCGGUGCUAUUCGUGUCCGUGAUGACAUGCUCCUCGCAGCUUCUGAAGCAUUGGCCGCUCAAGUCACUGAAGAGAACUUCGCCAACGGUCUGAUCUACCCACCAUUCUCUAACAUCAGAGAAAUCUCUGCUAACAUUGCAGCCAGUGUGGCCGCAACAACCUAUGACCUCGGAUUGGCGUCGAACCUCCCACGUGCGAAGGAUCUGGUGAAGUUUGCCGAGAGCUGCAUGUACAGCCCUGUCUACAGAAACUACCGUUAAAAAAAGAAGUGUUGAAGAAACAUGCAGAUUCUUCUUCUAUUCACAACCUUCUUGAGGCUUUUGUAUAAGUGUUGUUUGUUUGUAUUCUACUUUCUUCUACACUAUAAUGUUUCGAGCACUCUCUCUCCUUUGUCUUUGCUUCUUGUUUUGUGGAAUAAUAAAAAUCCAAUCUAAAAAAAAAAGCUACGUUUUCACCCACACAA